UUUUCUGAAACAUCUUGGCAACCAAUCACAAGUAGUCAGAUUUUUCCCGUAGAGAGAGCUUUUUUUAAUGUCAAUAGUUUUAACUGUAACAUGUAAAUUGUAUUUUGUCGCGAAGUACCGAAUUACAAGCAGUUCUCUGUUUAGUGAUCUAAAUAUCGAAUUAGUGGUGUAACGUACAGUUUCAAAAUGCAGGUUGCAACUCUGUUUAGGGAAACAGCCACGCUUCUAGGAGCUUCAAUGGAAGCAUCAGAAGGGCCUGGCCUUAAAAUGAAUUGUGGAAAUGAAGAAUGGCAACAACAACAUCAGCAGCAUCAACAGCAGCAGCAGCAGCAACAACAGCAACAACAGUCAAAGCAAAACUACUCAGACCCUCCAAUGAUGAAGCAAGAGGCUAACGAUGAUGGGUACGAGACCAGCGGUGGAGAUAUCGACAUGCGUGAUGUGAACAAAACAGUGAUGAUGUCGCCGCAUGCACAUGCCCACGCACAUCUGCACGCACCUCAUCACCCACACGCGCACACGCAUCCACAUGUGCAUCCCCAUCCCCAUGCCCAUCUCCACCCACACGAUCAUCGGCAUCACUCACAUGUCACACAUCCCCAUUCACAUGCUCUGAAUCACAUGAUGCCAAACCCGACCCUCGACACGCCGCAGUUCAACGACGACCCGUACAGCUUUGUCGAUGAGGAUCACAUGCAGAUGAACACCGUGCAGUGUCCGCCCCUCGUCAUGCCCCAUGUGCCCAAGAAGCGUGGUCGUAAGAAAAAAAUCAAACUCGACGAUCAACAACAAAUGCCUGGAAUGGGGUACCCUGAGAGUCCUCUAGCUUUGAAACCUCAAAGCGCCGUCAAGGUUUUCAAGGAGCGUAAAAAGCACGACCGCUUCAAUGGGAUGCCGGAAGAAGAAGUUUCAAAGCGGACCUUGCCCGAUCAUCUUACCCAGAAUCUGGAUAUUGUCAUUAUUGGUAUUAACCCCGGACUCUUUGCUGCUUAUAAAGGCCACCAUUACGCGGGCCCUGGCAACCACUUCUGGAAAUGCUUGUAUCUAUCGGGACUUACACCUGAGCCUAUGACCGCUGAAGACGACUACAAACUACUCAAAGUAGGAAUCGGCUUCACCAACAUGGUAGAAAGAGCAACCAAAGGUAGCGCUGAUCUCACAAGAAAGGAAAUAAAAGAAGGAAGCCAAAUUUUGUUGGAAAAACUCCAAAAAUACAAACCGAAGAUAGCAGUGUUCAAUGGGAAACUCAUCUUUGAAGUUUUCUCUGGAAAGAAAGAUUUUAGCUUCGGCAGACAACCAGACUGCGUUGAUGGAACAAAUACGUACAUGUGGGUGAUGCCGUCAUCUAGUGCCCGUUGCGCCCAACUGCCCAGAGCUGCAGACAAAGUUCCCUUCUAUGCUGCCCUCAAGAAAUUCCGAGACUACUUGAAUGGCCUGGUGCCAGAGCUUGACGAGAAAGAGAUUGUGUUCACCUACUCCAAACUCAAAAACUUCUUCGAGUCCGAUGUGAAAGAAGAAGGUAAAGAUGGACUUUAUGGUGGUUAUAAUAACGAUAGAGAUAGUUUAACAGAUUUGAGCAAUGCUGUGAUCAAGAAGGAGGGAGAAGGGGACCAACCUUCAUCCGAGCAGCCUAGAAAGAAGAGAGGCAGGCCAAAGAAGAUCAAAAUCGAAGGUCAAGUAGAGGUCAAGGAAGAGCCUCGACCAAAAGUCAUCAAAGAAACUAACAGAGACCCAGAGUCUACAAAUGAUGUGCCAAAAAAGAAGCGAGGUAGACCGAAGAAGAUAAAAACCGAUGAUAACAUGAAGCCUGCUAACAGCAUGGUGAAGUCUGAACACAGCAACCAGGGUCCUACGCAUCUAUCAGACGGCUUCGCUCCAAUUCCAUCGCCGAUGAAUCUUUGCCAGCAGGGUUUCCCUCCGAUGUACAGCACUCCACAGCCCUAUCAGAACCAAAACUCAUCUCAGUCGCCAUUGUCCAGCCACACUUUCCACCAGUCGCCCAUGCAGUCGCACAGCUACAACCAGUCUCCGCAGCCCCCCUCCUUCACUCACUCGGAUCUCUCGUCAGAAAUCAGUGCUGCCAUAUCUUCCGAUCAGAAUCUGGGCUCCCGAUCACCUGGCUCGCCAAGCCUUGGGCCUCCCGACUUCGAGCCACCCACAUCCAUGCAGGAAGAGUCCAGUAAAAGUCCACCAAUGACCACCAAGGAAGAGCCCGAUGAAAAUCACCACGCCGAUUGUCACUUCUCCAAUGCUGCAACACCCACUAGAAAGAAAUCGCCCGAUUUGAGCUAUCAUAGCUACGAGGAGUUCUCUGGUGACUCGGAAAGUCACUCGUCGGUCAGAUACCCUCAAAGGCCACCAUCCGUCUUUACUCCAAAGACUGGUUCUCUCAACCAAGACGUUUCUUCUAAGAGCUUAUCCGGAUUGGAAUCGCUAGUAGACCAAAUACCCAACAUAAGCGAUGGAGAUGCUCCACAUACCGUGGAAUCGUUAGAGCCCAGCCAUACGUCCUAUAAUGAUGACUCGUCAUACCUGACUGAUUACCCGAGGGUGUCCCAUUACAGUCCACAAUACAGCGCCUCGACCCCGACACCCAGCAUGAAUUUCUCGGUGACAUCUUUGGCCAGCAGCAGUGCCGUCUCCAGCGAUGACUCUCCAUCUUCAUUCUCAGUGUCGAGUCUUGCAUCCAACUACAAUGCCACCUCUUCGUAUGCAGGUCUGAUGGGUCCUCCCCACCCUCACCCACAUCCCCAUGCCCAUCACCCCAUGGGAGGUCAUCUUGAGUCGCUGGUAGACAGCAGUCGUAUGGCAAGCAUGUACCCCUACAAUACAGGCAACCCCUAUUCGACGCCUUACCCCGGGGCGGCUUCUGGCUACCCCUAUUCUCCGGCUCACAACCUCCACCCUAACUUCCCCUAUCCAUCUCCCUACUCUAACUCGCCCUAUCCUCAGGCCAGCUACCUUCCCAAUCAUGUAUUCGACAGAAUCAAAUCUGAUCGAAUGGAUAUUGGCUAUCAGUUUUGAUAAACGAAAUUUGUAAUGGUCUACCUUAAUUUUUUUAUUGUUUAAAGAAACCCUCCGAUGUAUUAUCAUUAGCAAGACUGCUUUAUAAUGUAAUCGCUUUAUGUUUUAUGUUGAAAUUCAUUUUCCUUUACUAGAGGUAGUAAAGUGGAAAUUGUCGUCAGUAAAAUUUAUCUGAUGUUUUUGAGAAGGAUUCGUGGUAUCGUCUAUUAUAAAGCUGCGUGCAGACUUUUGCUCCACCAACACGCGCAUUUGGCUUUUCAUCAGCUGAUUAUAUCUGUAUUUGUACUGAAACUGUUAGAACACAAUAAAGAAAAUAUCAAAAGUACCCUUCAUUUCGUCGCAUCACUACUAGGUUAUCUAUUUUAUUUACACUUGAAAAUAGCUCUUGAAGAGUUGAAACAAACCUGAAAUUAUUUAAAUCCUGCUUAUUUAUUCUAUUUAUACUUGGAAAUGGCUCUUAAAGAGUUGAAACAAAUGAACCUGAAAUAUAUAAAACCUGUUUAUUAAAUCUAUUUAUACUUGAAAAUGGCUCUUAAAGAGUUUAAACAAAUGAACCUGAAAUAUAUAAAACCUGCUUAUUAAUUCUAUUUAUACUUAAAAUGGCUCUUGAAGAGUUUGAACAAAUGAACCUUAAAUAUAUAAAACCUGUUUAUUAAUUCUAUUUAUACUUGAAAAUGGCUCUUGAUGAGUUGAAACUAGUAGUGUUGCUGUGAAGGGUACUUUUAAUAAUUUUUUAUUGUGUUUUAAUUAUCAGUAGCCCUAGAAAGAAGAGUGAAUAUAGAACCAUUAAGAUACUGUUAUAAUAAGCUUAGCAUCAGCUGAUGAAAGUGAAAUGCGCGUGUUCAUGGCGCUGAAUUCUGUAAGCAGCUUAAUAUGCCUAGUAUCUCAAGCAUAAUUGACCGAGAUUCCCAAAUUAUAAUUUCAGAUUACAUGGUAUCCUUAUUAUCAGACAAUUAACCAUAAAUACUUGCUCAACUUGCUUUAAUUAGUUUUUUCAGUACUACGUUGGUCGAAGAUUAUAGCAUUUACUAAUUUUCAAUCGCUCAUCAAACAAACUACGGAAAUUCAUUUUCUUCUGAAAAUGUGUACAAAUUUGCACACAAAUGCCACAAAUUAGCUAUUUAACAGAUAGCUACCAGAGUACCAGAUUUAUUUCAAAAAAUGUUUAUUACGGAUGAUAAUUCUGACUAAUAUUGAGUAAGAGGUUUUGAAUCUUAAUGAGUUACCGUUCACAAUAAUUUGAAUGCUAUCUUUUUUAAAGGUAUGCAAUAGUUGAAUAAUUGUGGAAUCCUUCUAUAAUAUAAUAUCGCGUAUGGAGAGGAUUGUUUUAUUGUCUCGUAGUUGUUUAUGACAUUAUUACACAUUUAUCUCAUAUGAUACUUUUGCUUGUUAGAAAUACAAUUAUUUCUCUAUGUCAAUGGAACCAGUCAAUUUUUCAAUUCAUUGUAAUGAAUGGCUAAAGUUGUUUGUUUGUAUUUUGGAAUGUGUAUUCUUCAAACAGUAAGUGUGUUUUAUCAGAAAUAUUUGGUAUUUUACAAUCAAUCGAUUGUAUCAGUGUUUAGAAUAAUUGUUUAUUAGUCGGUGUACUUUGAGAAUUGAUUGAAAUGCUGUUUUAGCAGCCUUUCAAAGUGUAGUCUGUAUUUAUCCAAUAUUGUAAUGAUUUUCCUGUUAACUACCCUGCAUUUAUAUCCAAACCAUAUAUGUUUAUUAUUUAUUACUUUUUUUGGUUGUUAGUAAUAAUUGUUAUAGUUCUAUGUUUGUCGACAACCUUAAUUGGAAAUAUAAUUGUUUAAUCAUACUACUGGUACUAUCAACCAGAGCUGGAAGCUUUUCAAAUAAUCUAUCAAUGAUUGUCACCAUAAGUCUUAUGUGCAAUGUGUUUGAAGCAUUAUCAUCUUUUGAGAUUACUUCAAGCAUUCAUUAUUAUCUCAUUGAAACGAUGAUUUUUACCGUUAUCUCGUUCAACCUGUCACCAUUAUUUUAUCGAAAUGAUAUUAUUCUUCAUUACCCUUAUUGCAAUAUGUGCAAUAUUAUGCGUUUCAUUAUUUCAUUCUAAUAUUUGUUGUUAAUUUGUAGAUAUCUUUAUUAUAUUUUGUUCUGUUGCUAAAUGUAGAUUUUUAUUUUGAUUUUUUGUAGUCAUGCAUAUUAAUUGUUUUUGAAUUCAUUAAUUUUAUUUUGAAUUCAUAUUUUUUUGACAUCGAUUUGGAAUCUUAUUAUUUGUAUGCCACAAUGUACAUAUUUUGGGUGCAAGUGUUCAAAGAGUGAGUGAAUAGAGUUUUAAAUUACAUCUGAGACAUAUCAGUAUAAUAAAACAAAUUGUUUACCAUUGAAAAAUGCAAAUAUUACCGACGGAUUCCUUAAUAAUUAUGAAAUCAUUCUAUUGGAUUUAUUGAUCAAAUUUGCAUUAAACAUUUUAUUGCUGAACGUUUGAUUCAGUUAUUUUGAAGUACAACAAUAUGAAAAUAGUCAAUAAGUUGUCGAAUUUCGCUCUUAUUUCGACAUCUAAUUUUCUAAACAUAUUUUUCUUUGUCAAUUGCAUAAUUUAAUGGAGUAUUUGCAAUUCUAAGAUAUUUGAAAAAAAUUAACAAUUUGAAUUAUCAACUACCUAUAUCACCAGUACAAACUUCAGGCUUCCAGAAUUAUUAUUCUUAAUUCGAUUCUUCCAAAUCAAUGUCGUUCCAUUAUUUAUGAUAAUAUAUUCACAGUACAAAAAUAAUAACUCAUAAUUUUGUUUGCUUUUUUCAUGAAUUUUUAAAUUUAUUAUUAUUUUAUCACAUGAUUAAUACUGUCAUUGAAUGAUGUUUACUUUCAUCAUUACUGCUUUUCAUCAUUAUUUCAUGUAAGCACGGUUAUAGCACAAGUGAGAAAAUUCAUAGUUAUGAAGUUUGGCUAAUUUAAUCUUCGACUAAAUACUGAAUUCUCAAUCAAAUCCACUCUAAUUUAUUUGUAUCAUCAUCUUUAUAUUCUUGAGUAAUCAAUCGCAUGCAAUUUGUAUCAUUAUCUUUUAUCUUUAUAUUUUUGAGUAAUCAAUCGCAUACACUUUAUACUCAUUAUAAAUCUUAUUCAAUGUACUUCAUUUCAAUCUGUACAUAAUUCUUUGUUCAAGUUACUUUUGAAUAUUUGAUUAAUAUAUUUAUAACAUCAACUGAAUAUUUUAUCAUAUGAUUGAAAUUAUUUUACUCAUUGCAUUGUUUUCACUAAAAAUAGAAAACUUGAAUAUUUUCAACUGCACCGUAUUUUUUAUCAUUGGACAGUACCUACAGUGAAUCAGGUCUUGUAAAAGGAAAGUUUAUGAAUGAAAAACAGUUGAAUCAGGUUUUGCUAAAGGAAAGUUUAGGAAUGAAUCUAUCUCUUUGAAACUAUUGUUUCUGCCAUGCAUGUUCCCCUCUGAUUCAACCUUUGAAUUAUUUUCAUUGAUGGUUUGUAAUCCCUAUUGAUAGAUUAUGCUAAGAAAAAUGUCUGUCUAUUGAAUUCCCCCACUAUCGAAAUAACUUAAAAUCUGAAUUAAGAAAGUAAGUUGCAUUGUGCUUCUUGUUGUAAAAUACAUUGGUGUAUCUUGAAAGUUGACAUUAUUCAAUUGCUAAAUAAUAUCGAUGUUCUACCCCUGUAGAUAUAUGUGCUCAUCUUGGUACCGUUUCCAAUUUCAGUGUCAGUGUCAGUUGUGUUCUCUGUGAUAUAGUAGCUAGUAGUAAGAUGUUUCAAACCUAUCCACAUAUAUAAUAUGUAGCUUCUUCAGUAGAUAAUUACUUUCAAUGUUUAGGUUUUUAAGACUGAGAAGAACACUGUUAAUUAUUUGUGAAUAUGAACCCGCCAAGUCAUUUAAAUGUUUGUUGUUCCUCAGAAUAUGUUUCAACUCCCUUCAAGCAGUUUGCAUGUAGCUUAAUCGGUGUUAAAUUUGGUGUGGUUUUUACGUAAUUAAAAUGAAUAUAAAUCUCAUCAUGAUCACAGCAUUGGGAGUAUUGCAUAAUUAACAUGUACAAAUCAUAGUACAAAUCAAAUUCACCUAUAAUAUUUGCUUCAAUCAAGAAUGGUCUAGUCCUUUAUGCUGAUUGACUGGUAUUUUUCCAAUAUCUGUCAUAAGCCAUAUUCAUCGUUAAUGAAGUGAAUGCAGUUUGUAAGGAUGAAACUUAUCUACUAUGAAUGUCUAUUGGUGUCAAUUAUGUACUACUAAUCAGUGACACUAAUUAAUUAUUAACUCUCUUGGUGUUCAAACUAGCGUGCAUUGAAUUCAUUGUCUGUGUUGAUUGAGGUCUGUGUUCAAUAUCUGUUUAUGUAAGGUGCAAAAAUAUCAUUCGAUGUAGAAUAUGAAACUAAUUGAAUUGUACGUCUAUUAUUUAUAUUUAUUUUUGUUUACAAUACACCAUUCGAAGAUCUCACAUAGGAUUAUGUUAUACGUUCUAUUAUACCCUAAGAACAAAGAGAUUUGAAAUGAGAUGUUGGUAGUGUAUAUUGUACAGUACUAGAAAUAAUCUUUAAACACGUCACUCAAUCACGUAUAUUUGAUUAUUAAUAAUUUUUAUCAGUCAUAUUAAUAUAAUCAUUUAAAUACUGUAGUAGAAACAUAUAAUUUUGUUCCAAUUUUUCAUUUAUAUCGAGUAUCACAAUUAUGUUGUAGGUCUUUAUUUAUAUUAUAACCCCCUAAAAUGAAUUUUUAUUCUGUCAAGUAUAGUUCAAUAUUAUUUUUAGAUAACAGUUUCCAAUCACCAUUGAUAAAACUCCUAGAAUGUAAAUCCUAAACUGAAUGAAUAAUGAGCGGAAGAUUUUUUAUUUCCGACUAAAGUUCCCACUUGUUAUAUUAACGUAUUUGGAGGUGCUCAAAUAUCCUAUGAUUUUUGUUGUGGGUCUCUAUUAUAAUAAUUUACAGUGCACUAACUUGGGUUAGGAUGGCUUAUCGUGGUAUCGAGUCUCAUAACAAGAGUUAGUUUGCAUUAUCACCGAAGAAUAUUAUUUAGUUUUUUAAAUCGGUCUUCCCACCAAAAAAUCAGUUGGAAGGAUCUUAUAAAUUUGAUCUCAGAGUAAUCUAUCUAUCUCAUUUCACUGAUUUUGGAGUUUUUUCGACCAAUCACGUUGCAGAAUCAUUUGAAAUCUCUUUGAGGAAUUUUAUCAUUAAGAAUUAUGGGUCUCCUCCAGAGAAUCUAAUUUAAUUCAAAAUGCUUCUCAUUUAAUUUGGUGUUAGUUGUAACCGUAUUGGUACAGUUUAUGCUCGAUAUUAUUAUUUGAAAAUUAUCAUUGAAUGAUACCCAUUUCUGUUGAUAUUAUAGUUGUAUUAUCCCAAACGAAAAGAUACAUUUGUAUCUCAAUAUUAUUAUUAUUUGAAAUUAUCAUUGAAUGAUACCCAUUUCUGUUGAUAUUAUAAUUUUAUAUUCAUAUUACAGUUGUAUUAUCCCAACCGUAUAGAUACAUAUGUAUCUCGAUAUUAUUAUACUGAAGCUGUCUUAUUUACCAGAUAUUAUUAAUAUUAUUUGAAAUUGCAAUUAAAUGAUACCCAUUUCUGUUGAUAUUAUAAUGUUAUAUUUAUAUUAAAGUUGUAUUAACCCAACCGUAUAGAUACAUUUGUAUCUCGAUAUUUUUAUCCUCAAGUUUUCUUGUGGACCCGAUAUUAUUAUUUGAAAUAAUUAUCACUGUAGGAUACCUAUUUCUGUUAAUAUUAUAAUAUAAUAUUGAUAUUAGAGUUGUAUUAUCCCAACCAUGUAGAUACAUUUGUAUCUGGAUAUUAUUAUACUGAAUGUACUCGAUAUUAUUAUUAUUUAAUUAUUCUUUGAAAUUAUCACUGAAGGAUACCUAUUUCUAUUGAUAGUAUAGUAGUAAUAUCCCAACCAUAUUGAUACAGUUAAUCUCGAUAUCAUUAUAUUGAAGCUUUCUCAAGGACCCGAUAUUAUAAUUUGAAAUUAUCACUGGAGGAUGACCAUUUCUGUUAAUAUUUUAGUUGUAAUAUUCCAACCGUAUUGAUAUUAUAGUUUAUGCUCGAUAUAUUCUGUAGUUUCUCGAGGUCCCAAUAUUAUUAUUCGAAAUUAUCACCGAAGGAUAUUCUUUAGUUUUUUAAUUGAUUCCAUUAGGAAAUUGGCUGUAAUUGAAACGAGCUUAUAUACAUAUAGGCCUAUUUGUAAAAUGGAAACAGUUGAAAAUAUAUUUUUUUAAAGUUCAUCCAAGUGAGGAUACCACCAAAUUGUGGUUUUUUUAUUUGAGCGGUAUUUGAUUGGUAAUUCAACUCAGCUAGUUGGAUACACAUUUGCCUAGAAUUUUUUUGUUGUUUCUCAUUAUUACUGUAAUAAUUGAUAUUGUAAAAUAGAUGUUGAAUGGGUUUGCUAUUGAUGUAACUAAUUAAUGGGUAUUUUCGGUUAGAUGUUGUCGAUUUCAUUUGUUCUCUGUAUUGUAUCUAUGUCACUAUUGUCGGAUGUAAUGAUGCUUUUGAAAGUAAUUACACAUUGAAGUUACCAAUCAAAUUUGUCGGCGGCGACACAAUUAAUGAUUGUAAUCAAUAGUUUUUGAGCCCAUCAAUCAAUAGUUUUCAAGCCCUUGUACAUUUUGAAAGCAUCAUUAUUUGACCUCAUAUAGGCUGGGGACGUUAAUGUGCAAUUUGACACAAAGUAUUAUAUCCAUAUUAGUAAGAUCUGUGUUAUCAGCCUCUAGGAUGUUCCAGUUCACAAAUUUCUAUCCAAACAUUGUGGACUGAUUGAAACCCUGUUAGUAAAUCAUCUUUGCUGUUAAAAUAAGUAAUUCGAAUGUUUUAGUUGUUAAAUGUAGAGAAACUCUUUAUGUGGACGUUGUAUGAUUAUUGUAUGUGUGAUAUGACUCUAUAGAAAUCUUGUUAACUUUUUACACUUGAAAUGCAUAUGAAGUAUGUAAUUUACCUUGGGUAAGUUUAUUUCUGUAUGUGAAAUUGGUGUUGAUAUUACACAGGGAGACUUUGAGUGUUGGCAACUUGAGGUUACUUUUGUUCUCUGUAACGUACAUAAUUAAUAAAUGUUCUUGCAUUUAGCAAGUUGAUGGCUGCCGUACUUAUUUGUGAGUUACUUUUAAAACUCUUACUAGUAAAUGGAUUUAGUAAUUAUUUAUAGAACCCCAUGCAGUAUAAUGCUCUACCUCAUCAUGUUCUAUCGGAUAAUGAAACAGCUUUUCGGAAUAAUGCAUCAGAAAAUGAUUAAAUUCAUUUUGUGACGUAUUACAUCUAAUUAUUAUAUGGGAAAAUAGGUAUAUAUUUUAUUAUAUUGACAUGCAUUGUGUGCUGAGUGAUUAUUACAUUAAGUAAAUGUUUUAAUGUAAUAUUACCGUAUCCUGUUGGACUACCUACAUAAAUGUUGAACCAGGGCUAAUGAGUGUGUGCAUGUGAUUCUGUUCUAUUUUCUAUUGUACAAUAACAGUGUAAUUGACGUUGUACUUUCACAGUACAGAUUGAACGAAUGAUAUUAUUGUUUUUUAUCCAUUAUCUUGUCGAGAUAUGAUAUUAAAAACUUUGAACUUCUUGGUGUACUCAAAUUUGGAAUGAGUAAUGUUUGAUGUCCUUCAUAUUAAGAAUGGCUAGCUAACAAUUACCUGUUCUGAUAUAUAAAUAGAUUUUUGUUAAUAAAUUGUCAUAAAUAUGUUCUCAGUAUCGAUCAUUGUGAUGAAACUUCUCUAGGUGGAAAUAGCAGUUGUAACUUAUGACUGAACUGAUAAGUGGUUUUCUCAUUUAAUAUCUUAUUGUUGUUUGAAUUUCAUUUAAUGUUUGAUAAUUGUCAAUGUUACAUUCAAAUUGAUAAGUUUUCGAGGAGUCAACCAGUUUCGUUGAAAAAAUUAUUUUUAUUUUGCCUUGAAAUUGUACAAAUUAUAUGAAAUUUGGUUUAGUUUUAUAAAUUAAUACAAGUAUAUAGAUUAAAUAUAUUUGUCUAUUACAAAAUUCAAUAUAUUAUAAUUGUAUAAAUCUUCUGUUUUCACUGAACAAUUCAUGGAUUUUCUGAAUAAAAUGUGUUGAAAAUAUCAAAA